AUGACAGAUACCGUAGUAUCAGCAACAAAUGAUAAAACAAUUUCAUCAACCGAAGAAAGUGUUGUUGAUGGUGAUUCAGUUACAACAAUAACAAAAACUAAAACAAUUCAUCCUGAUCACUCAGUUACUAUAACAACAACAGUUGAUAAAACUGAUCAAAAAAAUGGUGACAAUAUUGUAACAACUUUAAGUGAAACAACUUCGUCAUCAUCAGAUCCUGAUCUUGAUAAAAAGAUCAUCCGUCAGAUCGAAUAUUAUCUUGGUGAUGUUAACAUGACUCGAGAUAAAUUUCUUAAAAAUGAAAUAACAAAAGAUGAAGGUUGGAUUCCAUUAUCUGUUUUAACAACAUUUAAACGUCUUCAAUCAUUAACAACUGAUUUUACAACAAUAAUUAAUGCAUUAAAAAAAUCUAUUUCGGGUCUCAUACAAAUAGAUGAACCACAAAAUAGAAUUCGUCGUCAUCCAGAACGUACAUUACCAAAUAGUCAAGCUGAACUUGAAUUACGAUUACGUAAUCGUACUGUUUAUGUUAAAGGUUUUCCAAAAACAGAUGAUGUAACCAUUGAUCAAUUACUUAAUUUCUUUGAAAAAUUUGGUUCAAUAGAAAGUGUUCAAAUGAAAAAACAAUUUAAAUCUAAAGAUUUUAAUGGUGCUGCAUUUGUUGUUUUUUCAUCGGAUGAAAAAGCUCGAGAAUUUGUCGAAAAAUCUAAAGAAACACCAAUUAAAUAUGAUGAUGGCUCCGUAUUAGAGUGUUCAUUACAAGAUGAUUUUUAUAAGAGAAAAGCAUUAGAAUUAGCAACUGGUGGAAAAUCAACAGAAGAUGAUGGAAAAGAAAAACAAAAAUAUGAUAAACAUGCACGAAAAGAAAAACGAAAAGAAGAAUUAGAAAAAAAGACGAAUGAACAUUUAGAAAAACUAAAUAAUGAAAAUUUAUCCGGUGCUCUUAUUCAUUUGGCUGGUAUGACUGCUAAUGUUACACGUGAAUUAAUUAAAGCUAAAUUUAAUCCAUUUACAAAAAUGCCUUGGAUUGAUUUUAAUAAAGGUGAUGCUGAGGCAUGGGUACGAUUAAAUGAAGCUAAUACAGCAAAAGAUGUUUUAGAAAAAGUCUUAGAAGCUGGACAAGGCAAACUUGUAAUUGAUAAUCAAGAAUUGAUUUGUCGUGUAGUUGAAGGUGAAGAAGAAACACAAUUUUGGAAAGAAGCUAAUGAAAAACGUGCAGUAGAAAGAACAAAGAAAAGUGACCGAUAUGGUGGAGGUAAACGAAAUGUACGUGGAAAACGAAAUCGUCGUGGUGGACAAAAACGAAAACGUGAUCAAGAAGAAAAUGGUGAUAAUGAAUCAGAUGAAGAAGAAGAAGGAGAACAAUCAACUGAAUCUAAAUCACCAAAAAAAGCCAAAGGCACCACAGCUGAUUAA